AACAAGCAGGCGGGGAGCUGUUUUCUUGUGUGUAUUUAUGUGCGAGAGUGUACGCAAGAGAGAGGAGGACUAUUUUGAAUGCGCACCUCAGUGAGGAGAGAGAGAGAGAGAGAGAGAGAGAGACUGUGUUGCAUGUGUCACAGGAAGAGAAAUCAAAUUGGUCCGUGAAAUCUGUGGCUCAAACAGUGUUCUCUGUGUCCAAGAGUGAGUGAGGGAGUGAGGGAGGGAGGAGAGUAGAAGAGAGAGGAGAGGAAGAAAGGAAAAAAAAGGAGAGUGACAGACAGAAGGGUACAAAGAAUGAGGCGAAGACAAUCAGUUUUAUCCACUCGCUCAGGAAGCAGAUAAAUAAAACUACCGAGCCACUGGCCUGCAUGGUUCCACAGCUGAAACCAUAAAAGCCCACGAAAGAGAGAUCAGCUGCAGUGCUGAGGAAACGGAUAACUGUCACUACGCUGACUGAAACAGAGAGAGAGACACACACACACACACACACACACACACACACACACACAUACACACACCAUCGUUUCUCUUUUCCGUUUUAUUUUUUUUUUUUUUUUUUUUAACUAGCACAGAAGAUUUUUUUCAGUGUGUGCGAAUAAGCAGAGCAAUCAACAUCAGGCUGUGACUUUUCCUCACUAUAGUUAGGUAGCAGGUUAAAGAGUUGUGCGUGGACCAUUUAAUACACAUUCAGACACGUAUUCCUGAGACACCUGAUACGACACAGGAUUUUCCUGCCGAUCCUGCGAGACCAUGACAUCACAUGGCAAACUGAGGAAGGAAAGGGGGUGUCUGGCGGAGUAUGAGACACAGAUCAAAGAGGUACGUAGUCAGCUUUCAGAGCAGCUGAAGGUGCUGGAUGCACAGUUGGAGCAGAAGACGCAACAGCUCCAAGAUCUUAGUGAUUAUCUGCGCCGCCGGGGAGAGAUUGAGGCCGAAUAUGCACGCUCUCUGGAAAAACUCAGCGAAAGGUUCACCCUCAAGACCAAAAAGAAGGAGCAUACUGAUCAAUCUGUGUCCCAGUGCUGGUCAGUGCUGCUAACGCAAACCAAGCAGGAGAGCCGGGACCACAGCUCGCUCAGCGAGAUCUGCAGCACCACUUUCACCCAGCGCUUGUCUCACUGCAUUGAGGACACACAUCGUGCAGCCAAAAAGAGUAAAGAAGUUGGUCAGCAGAUGCAGGAGGAACUCGUUAAAGUCAUAACAGAGCUGCAGACGGCUCUAAAAACUUAUCACCAGUAUCACUCCGAAUGUCUUUCUGCCGAGGGCAAACUAAAAGAUGCUGCACGACUGGAGGAGAAACAAACUGGGAAGGGGUCUGAACUCGGCAUCGGCCAAUCAGGAGGGCAAAGGCGCAGUUCAGUAAAAAAGAUGGAAAGGCUAAUGGAAAAGAGGCAAGGGAAAGUACAAGAGACCCAGCUGAAGUGCACUAAAGCUCGCAAUGACUACCUGCUCAACCUCGCAGCAGCCAAUGCUGCCAUGAAUAAGUACUAUCUUGAGGACAUCUGCACUAUGAUUGAUUGCACAGACCUAGGCUACCAUGUGUCUGUGUCACGGGUGAUGCGUGGCUAUCUGUCGAACCGGAAUCGGGCGCAGCAGAACCUAAAGAAUGGGUUGCAGCAUCUUGAAAGCGCUGUGAAUGCUAUGGAUCAGAGUCAGGACCGAGAUGCCCUACUGCAAGCCCAUAACUCAGCCUUCUGCCUGCCAUUCCGCUUUCAGCACCUGGCACACGAGGGAGACCAGGUUUGUGAGGUGAGUGCUGACUGUCAGGUGAGGUACGAGAUGGAAACCAGAAACCAGCAAUUGCAGUCCAGACUGGCUUCUGUUACCCUGGAAACAGAGGAGGUCAGUAAAACUCUCAAGGCGACCUAUGCUUCACUCCUGGAGAGUAUCUGUGAUGAUGACUGUAACCCUGCCCCUGAUGUCUCAGCCAGCCUAUCACAGGAGAGCACAGGCGAUGUCGCUUACAACAAACUUAGUCUAACCAAGCGCAGAGCCAAUCAGCAGGAAACAGAGACCUACUAUUUUAAUAAAGUGAAAGAGUAUCUCAAUGGUAGCUCUCUGAUUUGCAAACUCCAAGCCAAACAUGAUCUAUUGAAGGAGGCCAUUCAAAAAGCUGAGGCAGUUGACAGUGAUCCCUCCAGAAUGCCAUCUGGUAGGUCAUUGCGUAUGCGGAAAGCAAGGCCUUUCUCCCAGUACAACCACAAACUCUUCUCUGGAGACAUGCUGUCCUUCAUCCAGAGCUCAGGGCAGCAGAUUCCUUUAGUGGUGGAAAGCUGUAUUCGCUUCAUCAACCUCCAUGGUCUGCAUCACGAGGGCAUAUUCAGGGUGCCAGGUUCACAGAGCGAAGUCAACAAUAUCAGAGAUGCGUUUGAAAGAGGGGAAGACCCUUUGACGGACAGUGAGUCUGACAUUGACUCAGUCGCAGGAGUUCUGAAACUGUAUUUCAGAGACCUGGAGAAACCUCUCUUCCCCGAGGAGAGCUUCAGUCGGCUGAUGGAGUGUGUCCAAAUUGAGAACAUGGCUGAGAGUGCCGCUCAGAUAAAGCAAGUGGUGUCAUCCUUCCCCAGACCCCUCAUCAUAGUGAUGCGCUAUCUGUUUGCCUUCCUUCAUCAUGUUUCUCAAUAUAGUGAUGAGAACAUGAUGCAGCCCUACAACCUGGCUGUGUGCUUUGGGCCAAGUCUCCUGAGAGGUGGGGCAGAGUCGGGCGAUGCAGUAACUCUGCAGCCCCAGAUUAAUGCCCUGGUUAAGAGCAUGAUCCUCCAGCAUGAGAGCAUCUUUCCCAGCCCUGCUGAGCUUCCAGGCCCUGUCUACGAGAAAUGCAUGACCCUGGAGCAAGAAUACUGUGAACCUAUUACAGAAGAGGUUGAAGGAGAGCCUGAACAUGCUCCAAGUGAGGAUGAGUGGGAUGCUGUGGCUAUGUUUGAUUAUGUUGCACGGUCUGCAGCCGAGCUGUCAUUCAAGCAGGGGGACCACGUUACGCUCCACAGCAAGGCCUCUGCUGACUGGUGGAAAGGAGAAAUGGGAGGAGUCAAAGGCCUGAUUCCUCAUAAGUACAUCAGUGUGCCUGAGGGGGCGGAACGAAAACAGGAGCGAGGGAAGAAGGAGGAGAGCCGAGGGGGCAGCACAGGAAAUUUAGCUGAUGAGCAGCAGCAGGCUGAACAUAGCACCCGCAUGCGGGUAAACAGUGAUAGCGCGUCUUUGCCUGGAAGGCAGCGGACCGCAAGCGGAGGUGGUGCUGUGUUAGGAGAUGGAGGGUGUAGUGGAAACAUAAGCCCAAUACGCAAACUUCCUAUUCAAGUACCAGAGGGCCGAAUGUUCUUCCCGCCGCAAUCACCUGGCGUGGCUCGGCAACUCACAGGUCUACACGAACGGAGACAUACCUUGGACAGCGUCAGGCCCAUUGGAGUAACAGCAGAGAGACAGAUAGUUGAUAAGGAGAUCACACGGCAGAUGAACUCGGUGUUUAAAGAGCUCCUUUCCCGGCAACCUCCACAAGACAGUAAUGUUUCACCAGCUGUGUCCACCCCCUCUUCCUCCUCCUCCUCCUCCUCUGUGUCCAGUGCACCUUCUCGGCAGUCCAUAAAGAGGGGAACAGGAUUCGGCCUGAGCAAGCGAAGCUUCUUUAAAGCCUCCGACCAGCAGGACUGAUGGAGGAGGGAUAAAAGCAAGAGAUCAGAAAAUGCAUGAAUGAAAGGCAAGGGCAAGAGUUAACCUACAGCAGAGAUUAAUAUAUUUUUUCUAAGGUAUAAUAUGAUGUUUGUGAGACCUCAAUUCUGAAAAAGAAAUUUUGUUUUUUGAAAAGUAACUUUGGUUCAUGUAGUGCCAGUGUCUCAUUCUGUCAUUUAUAAUGGUAUUUGAAACUAUUCACUGGUUAUGUUACUGGUUUUGUUUGUGCUUAACAAAAACUUAAUGGUACUUUAAUGUAGAACCAGUUUCUCUCAUGUGUUAUUGCCCCGUUACAAAGAUCACAAAUUAUAGUGAUGUGAGGUGGAGUCACUUAAUUCUUUCCUUGCAUUUACACACGGUUUUUAACGCGCCCUUGCGACGGCCAGUCAUGUAUUUCAACCAGAAUGCACCUGCUUGCUAUGUAGCUAUAUAUAAAUUUCUUGUUUUUUUUAUUUUUUAUUAUUCUUGCAUUUUCUGGUCAAUUUCUGGUAUAUACAAUUUACUUAAUCUCUCAAAGAUGCCAUCUCAUAGCCCACAGGUGCUAUUCAUUUCAUUAAGAAGAAAUAAUGUGAAAUUUAAUGAGGACAUUUUUAAAGCAGUUUUGGACGACAGCAUUUUAUUGUAGUGUAACGUUCACUAUCACUGGGGCUUAUUGAUUUUAUGCUUUAUUGUAUUAGAAUUUAUGCUUUAUUGUAUUAGAGAAGAAUGUGGAACAUGGCUAGAAACAAAAACUUUAAUUCUGGCUGUAAAUGAAAUAGACAGCUUUUUUUUUUUUUUUUUUUUUGUGAAAAUUAAUAUUUUUAUAGUAAUUGUUUUCUAUGAUUAUUUUCCACGUUGUUUGCUUAAAUAAUUAAUUAUUUUAUUUUUAUUUGGUUAAAUGUUUAUAUUUGUUGACCUGACUGUAAUUACCCCUUUUUUUUUUCUUUGAACCUUUUCUAAAAAAGAUGCUGUAAACAUGCAUUACAACUAGACAAACCCUUUAUCCAAAAAACAACAACAAAACAGAUAUCAUCAGCUGCAAUUAUAUUUAUUACAAAAUGGCCACUUUUAUGAAUGCAGGACCAUCUAAGACUAAGCUCUGCAAAAUAUUAAAACAAUUAUAAAAAAAAAAAAAAAA